AUGGGGGUGCAAGAAAAUGCCUUGGGCGACAAGUUUACUUACCCUUUUGUGUUGAAGGCUUGGGCAAGGGAAUCGGCUAUAGACAAAGGGAGGGAGGUUCAUGGUGUGGUUGUGAGAGUUGGGUUUAUCGUUUCUUUGCUGAACUUGGUUUGUGAAAAAAUUGAGAGUGUAAGGCAGGUGUUUGAUGGAUUCACAAUGAAGGAUGUUGUUUUCUGGAAUACUAUGAAAAUGGGUUAUGCUCGAAACUGGAUGGUUUUUGAAGCUUCUGAUGGUUUUAGGGAGAUGGUGGAAAUGGGAGAGGCGAGCUGGAUUUCUAAAGAAGCAAGGAUGCUUAUUGAGAGGAUGGAUAGUGAACCAAAUGUAAUUGUAUGGGGAUCACUGUUUAAUGCUUGUAGCAUUCAUGGUGAUAUUGAGGGUAAAGCAAUUAGAAAGGCAAUGGAUAAUGUGAGUAUUUGUAAGCUACAUGGAUAUAGCAUAAUCGAGAUUGGAGAUGUAGGUCAUGAGUUUCUAGUUCCUGACAAGGCACACCCUAAAUCAGAAGAGAUCUACUAG